CUCUUUUCAGCUACCAAGGAGGUCAAGGUAAAUAGAAAUCAUGGUCGCCGAUAUUGCAUUCGAAGGGGGUAAGUCAAAGGGUAGAAUAUUCCUUAUCCUAUUCGCUGCAAUCGCUGCUAUCGUAUUGAUCGUAGGAAUCGUCUUAAUAGUUCUUGCAACUGAAAAGAAAGGGGAGACUGACAGUAAGGCUUCGUCCACAUCGACGUCGUCCGCAGCAUCAUCCUACUGUGACUACUCUGAAGAAGCCAAACGGAUCCGUCUAGAGGAGAUCAUUAUGCGCGCAAAGAAGAAAUAUUAUGAGAAACAUCCUUUCAUGCUGCCACAAGACCCCGAUGCCUCUCGAGAGGAAAUCAAGAAGAAGUACACAGCAUACAAUCCAACGCCGGAUUACAUAAAAAGUGUUACUGAUGCAGCGCGGAGUCUCUACAAUGAGGUCAAGGAAAUAAAAGUGGACUCUAAAAAGCUCAAGCCACGCGAAAGGAAAGCACUAUCACAGCUAAAACAUUAUUUAAAGACUGUAUUCGGUCAGCCUUUUGACAUGAAUUUCUACGCCGGAGAUUGGAUGAUGGGUCCAACAUUCUACUGCCAUCCGAGGCAACAAGUCAUCUGUAACUUGGGUGCGCAUUUGCAAGGAUUGUUCAGAAGUCUAAAACCAGAAAACUUGCAGGAUAUAGAACUUAUAGAAGAGAAGCUAAAAACUCACAAGGAAGGAAUUUUGAGAUACAUAGAAAAUCUGAAAAUGGGAAAGUUGCACGGCAUGGUUUAUAGUCAAGAUGCUUGUGAAGCGGGAAGGAAUGCACUCAGAAAUAAAUUCCUGAAGAUCGCCUUGAAAAACGAAACAGGUGUGUUGUAUGAGAAAUACGUCAGCCAAGCUCUUAAUGAUGAUUAUUAUAGUAAAAUCACGGACGAAAUGAAAAGCCAAUGGAAGAGUAACCACAAUGGAAUGACGGUGAAUGAAUCCUUAAGUGAAUACCUUGUGGAGUACAUGGGAAAGCCAAUGACGGAACUGUUGAGGUAUCUUCAGUUUGAACAUUACCGCUACUGCGUUCCAAGUAACGUGUCCAGUGGAUUGGCCUCUCUACCUUUAGUUCACGUUUGGUACGAUGGAAAGGAAAAUACAUCUUGGCCAACAAAUCCAGAACUAUCUAACGGUGACAGGUUGAACGGUUCUGAAGCAUACGCUAUGAUCUUACCAUAUUUCACGACUAAUGAUAUGACGCCGAUGGAUGUGCACAGGCUGGGAUGGGAGCAGUUAAAAAUGCUCUACCCGUUGGCUGUGGAGGCUGCCAAAAGUGCUACUGGAGAACAUAACGAAACUACAGCGAUCAAGAAAUUCAAGGAACAACUCAACUCUACUGACGAAUACUUCAAUGACGAAGCUUUUCCUAAAAACGAAUCUGACGAGGAUGCACACGCAAAAUGUAGCAAUAUCGAAGGUGCUAAGAAAUAUUGUCCGACCAGAUGGAAAACCCUUGAAAAAUGGUUUACGGAGGCCAGAUCGGUUAUGAGUAUGCUGUACCCUAAAAUUAUCGACAUGUUUUACUUCGCUGGAGACAAACACUCAACACCCAACUGUCCUGUAGAACUAAGACCAGACCUGAACCCAUCUAGCGGUAUACAGAGCUACGACGGAAGUGAUGCAAUGUGCACAAAGCCUGCCCAUUACAACAUUCCUUUCUUCUUAGACAGACUGGGGCCAAGGUUUUCUGAGUGGAGUAUCAACGCCCACGAGGCUCGUCCAGGUCACCAUAUCCAGAUCCAAGGGAAUAGAGAGCACUUUAAAGACACCUGUGGAGGUCCAAUUGGUUGGUUAAGCUCCAAGACAUACUACACGGCGUUUUUGGAGGGAUGGGGUCUAUAUGCUGAGAAUCCAUUGAUAUCAGACGAUACUGAUGUCUACGAUGGAAGACCAUUGAAAAAGUAUGGCAUGCUGAAAUGGCAGAUCUGGCGAGCAGUAAGAAUGAUCGUAGACACAGGACUCCACUACACAGGAAUGAAAAGAGACGAAGCUAUCAAGUUAUUCGUCGAUAAGGCUUGGGAUGACUCUGACUUCACUCGUAAAGAGGUAACACGUUAUCAGAGCUGGCCAGGCCAGUCGACCGCGUACAUGGUUGGCAGGAUAGCCCUUCUAAAAAACAGAGAUCAUGCAAAAACUGCUUUGGGCAAAGACUUCGAUCUCAAAGACUUCCACUAUCAGGUAUUGAGUCAAGGUUCUUCACCACUCGCCUUUCUUGAAGAACACAUCGAAAAUUAUGUCGAAUGCGUCAAAGAACCCAAGAAGGAAGGCUGUUCUGAAAUCCUUAACCCGCCCAAAAGGGAAAAGGCAAAGAGUAACGAUGACAAGUCUACAAAGAAUUUGCAGUCCUUUGAGGCCUACAGGCAUUAUGCUUGAAAAGAAGAAUAUUCCAUAUCUUGGUACAUUGUAAUACAAAGACUGAACGGAGAAACACGACACAAAAACUCGGCUUAUUAGCCAAACAGUACAUGCCAUCGUCCUAAAGUGACGGCUCCUCAUAAACAAUUUAUUUGCGGCGUUUUUUUUUUUUUCUCUGCUCCCUCGAUAUACUGCCCUAUAAGUUUUGCUGCACCAGUAACCACUGCUACCAUUGUUAUUAAGUCAUUACAGCCAAUAUAUCUUCAUUUUUCAUAGAGGUACUGUUUCGUGGAGGAAAUGUUAACCACCGCUUUGAUUCACGGAAAAACGACUAUGUUGUUCGCAGGGAAUCUCCGCUUAUAAAUAAAGUAGAAGAUAAAUGAAAACACUUGACAUCUAUAAUAAAUUCCUUAUCUUGAUCACUAAA